UACUUUGGGAGCCUGGCAACAGUGGUAGGCUAAUAAACUGUGGAGCAAGGACCGACUGCAUCCUCGUUCAGCAUUACAGGCUCUUGCUCCUCGCAUCCAGGAUACACGCCGACAUCAGAGAUGGCUUCGGCGGUCAGGUUGAGGAGAACAGUGCUGCUGAUUGUUCUGGUGUGUAUAGCGGGGUUGGCAUCGGCCCGGAGCCCCCGCACGGCGGACCAGGUAUCUGAGGCCGACAUUCAGCGUCUCCUACACGGAGUCAUGGAGCAGCUGGGCAUCGCUCGGCCCAGGGUCGAGUACCCUGCUCACCAGGCCACCAACAUCGUGGGGCCACAGAGCAUCCAAGGUGGAGCUCAUGAGGGACUGCAGCACCUGGGUCCCUAUGGAAACAUCCCCAACAUCGUAGCUGAGCUGACAGGGGACAACAUCCCUAAAGACUUCAGUGAGGACCAUGGAUACCCCGACCCUCCUAACCCAUGUCCAGUGGGAAAGACAGCCGCAGAUGGGUGUCUGGAAAACGCCCCGGACACAGCAGAGUUCAGCAGAGAGUUCCAGAAGCAUCAGCACCUGUUCGACCCCGAGCAUGACUACCCUGCUCUGGCUAAGUGGAACAAGGAACUGUUGUACCAGAAACUGAAGGGAGGAGCCAAAAGAAGAAAAAGGAGUGUCAAUAACCCCUACCUGAUGGGUCAGAGGCUGAACAAUGUGGUGGCCAAGAAGUCUGUUCCCCACUACCCAGAAGAGGACGAAGACUAUCGCACCACCACUGCAACAAAAACCACCACCUAAACACACUGUUGUUCUAACAUUACUGGCCACCAUGUUCACUUCACAUUAUCUCAAGUAGAUUUAAGCAAUAAGGCCUGAGGGGGUGUGAUAUCUGGCCAAUAUACCACGGCGAAGGGCUUUUCUUUUUGCAAGACACAACGUGGAGUGCCUGGAUACAGCCCUUAGCUGUGGUGUAUUGGCCAUAUACCACAAACCCCCGAGGUGCCU